AUGCGAUCUAUUCCGCCUCCGAGACAAUCCAGGUUGAGGACCAUUAGACGCCUUUUCCAUGUAAUAGUUGCUUCCAUAUUGAAGGGGCAUAUUACAGAUCCAAGUGUAUUUCGAAGGAGUCGUAGGCUGAGAUAUAAAAAUACUAUAUCCAAGAUUCGUCAGUCCCGUCUCUCGGGAAAGGCAACUAGUAGACAAAAGUUGCGGAGUAGGCUUGCUAAGAAGGUGGUAAAUAGUACUACGGAUGUCCUUAUAGCUGAUACCAUUGAUGAGAAUAAAACUCUAUCUAAACCCACAAGAAACGUUUUGAGACGAAUGAUUUGGCGAAUGAAAAAGACCAAUCAGGGAAGAGUUAACGUAGUAGUUAGGAUAUAG